CAAAUGGGGCAACACAAUGUCACAGUGCUGACCGAGUUUGUUCUCACUGGAGUCACAAGGAAGCCUGAGCUACAACUUCUGGUUUUUUGGGUGCUUCUCAUGAUUUACACCUUCACUGUUCUGGGCAAUCUGGGCAUGAUCAUUCUGACUAAACUAGAUGCUCACCUCCACACACCAAUGUAUUUUUUUAUUAGACACCUGGCUUUCAUUGAUCUGGGUGAUUCUACUGUCAUUUACCCCAAGAUGCUGAUAAAUUUUAUUAUGAACAACAACACCAUUUCCUUUAACGGAUGUGCUACACAGAUGGCUUUCUUCAUUACGUUCAUUAUCAGUGAACUUUUCAUCUUAUCAGCCAUGGCCUACGACCGCUAUGUGGCCAUCUGUAACCCUCUGCUCUACAACGUUGUCAUGUCUCCAAGACUUUGUCACCUACUGGUGGGUGUCCCCUAUCUGUACAGUAUCUUUCAAGCACUGAUGAUCACAAUUAAGAUUUUCACACUAUCCUUCUGUGGCUCUAAUGUCAUCAGUCACUUCUACUGUGAUGAUGUACCUGUGUUACUUCUGCUGUGUUCCAAUGCCCGAGAAAUAGAAUUGCUGAUCAUACUACUUUCAGCCUUUAAUUUGAUCUCCUCCCUUCUGGUUGUCCUAUUGUCCUAUACGCUGAUCCUGUUAGCCAUAUGUAGAAUGCGUUCUGCAGAAGGCAGGAGAAAGGCAUUUUCUACCUGUGGCUCUCACCUGACAGUGGUGGUGGUGUUCUACGGAACCCUACUUUUUAUGUAUGUGCAGCCCAAAUCCACCCACUCCUUUGAAACUGAUAAAAUGGCUUCUGUGUUUUACACCCUGGUGAUCCCCAUGCUAAACCCUUUGAUUUACAGUUUACGAAACAAAGAGGUAGAAAAUGCCUUUCACAGGAUCUUUAAGAAUCAUUGUAAGUUUUCUACCUAG